UCACGCCAUUUGACUGUGAGACAGCCACCAGCCACCAACAUGUCCUGUAAUGACAAGACGUUAAAUUAGUACAUUUUUAACUGGACUACUGCACCAGAAGAGUCAGGACAAUUUGCUAACUUUACAUGUCCUCUCCUGCAGCUUUUUUGUGGAUGAAAAUGAGUUUAAAGCAACAGUAAAUAGUUGCUGCUGCAUGCAUCCUGGAUUAAUUUGAUUAAAGCAGCCCUAAAAUAUAAUAAUGCAUUCAAAAGACAGAGCUGCAUUGAAGAUUGGGAUCACAAAGGACCAACUCUGGGAUGUGAAAGAUGUCUCAUUGUGUUGAAACUGUUGCAGAUGUGAUCACUGGACUGACAGACCCAGACAGCCUGCUGCAGCUCAGAGACAGCCUGCACUUCCUGUGUGAGUCUCCAUCCUACUACAUGCUCCACAAGUCUGUUUGGACACGUAGCUGUUAGGAGGACUGCCUGCUCGACGCUCAGUCAUGUCCAGGUCCAGUCGGAGGUACAAGCCUCUGCAGCAGCAGCUGAGCUCCGGCUCUCUGCCCGGCUGUGACCGGCUGAGGAUGCCCCGGGCCCGGGUGCUGCUGCUCUGCCUCUUCGGGGUCCUGGUGCUGGCCGUGGUGCUGGGAGUCUACCUGUCCAACGACACCACAGAGGGACAUGUGAACCGCAUGCCCACUGCAGAUCUGACCAAAGACAGGUUGUCCCACAAACCCAGCAAGUGCUCUCCGGCUCAAAUCCGCCGUCUGGCCUCUCAGGUGGACGGUACCCGCCUGUGGGAGACCCACCUGAGGCCUAUUCUAAUAGAGAGGCUCCCAGGGACACAAGGCAACCUGGCUGUACAGCAGCACAUCACCUCCACUCUGUCUUCGCUGUCUGCUGGCUGGGCCGUAGACUUGGACGCCUUCCAGUCUUCAACCCCUCGUGGCCAGGUCACCUUCACCAACAUCGUCGCCACUCUGGAUCCUUCGGCCCCUCGCAGGCUGCUCCUGACCUGUCACUACGACUCCAAGGCUCUGCCUCCAGACCCCCGGGCCCCAGAGAAGGUGUUUCUGGGGGCCAGUGACUCGGCAGUGCCCUGUGCUAUGAUCCUGGAGCUUGUCACCUCUCUGGAUGCCCAGCUUCUAUCAUUCAAACAGCAGAAACUCCCCGUCACUCUUCAGCUUGUGUUUUUUGAUGGGGAGGAGUCAUUUGAGGAGUGGACCGCCACGGACUCGCUGUACGGCUCCCGUCACAUGGCCGAGCGGAUGGCCAACACGCCUCACCCUGCGGGCUCCACGCACACCAUGCUUCAGGCUGUGGACCUCUUUGUGCUGCUAGACCUGCUCGGCGGUCCUGAUCCACUGAUUGCAAAUCACUUUGAUAAUACGGCGCGCUGGUUUGACCGUCUGAUCGCUGCAGAGAAGAGACUCCAUCGACAGGGUCUCUUGACGUCUCACCCCUCUGAGCAGACGUAUUUUAGGAAGGAUGUGUACCUCGGACCUGUGCAGGACGACCACAUCCCCUUCCUUCACAAAGGCGUCCCUGUGCUACACGUCAUCGCCACUCCCUUCCCACAGUUCUGGCACACACUGGACGACACAGAGGAGAACAUGCACCGUCCCACUGUGGUGAACCUGACCAAGAUCAUGGCUGUGUUUCUGGCAGAAUAUCUAGGCUUCUGAACACAAAACACUGACAGAUAUUUGUGGUGGCACUUACUGUAUUACCCCAUACUGGAGUGUUAGUGCUGUUUGUCACACUGAUGACAAAUAAUUGCUAAAUGACCAGCAAUAAAUUGGACCCAAAUGCACAAGAGACAAACUUGAAAUUAACUAAACUGUUCCGUUAUCAGUGUACUGGGAUACCAGCUAAAACUUUACCAAAGACUUGGCCCUGCUGGACUGACCAGACUCCUUGGUUUCAUGUGAGGGAUGAGUUGGAGACGCUUGUCCAAAUGUCUGGGCCAUCGUCUGGGUAUGUGAUGUAGAUAGAAAGAGUCUUAAUUAAUUAAUUCUUGGAUCAUGGUACUGGAGGAACAGUUGGGAAAGUUGAGUCUGUGAAUUCAAAGGCACUUGCUUCAUUCCUGUGAAAAAAUAAAUCAAAGCCUUAAAGGUGCAGUGUG